CGCGGAAAACGUUACGUGACAUGCUAAAGAACGACUGCAAAGGAUAACCUCUGUGAAACACGCAACGUCUGAAAAUCAGUUCAUGUUUGAAAAACCUCUUAGUUUAUCCAAAUGAUCAUAUCUCGUUUUAACCUCGUGAUUUAUCAAUCAUAAAAGUUAACACUGCUCGUGACCACGCGCACGUAUAUUCAGGUAGAAUCAAACAUGUGACGUCAGCUGACUUAUUUUGCCGGCGUCUUUCACAAGCGAUAAGAGAGCUUUUCAACACAAGCCUGAAAUUUUACGGGUCAAAACCCACGUUAAAACGUUUGUCAAGGAGAAACUAAAGGAGAGUGACCAUUACAUAAACGUUACUUUAACCCAAUCGUGAGCGCUAUCACGUUUAUCCACGAUUUUUUUCUCGUACACGUGAUGUCAGUGGACAUGCUGGACACUUCUUCAGAAAGCUCGUAACAGAAGCAGCUUCAAAGUUCACGGGAAACACACCUUAAAACUUCUGUCAAAGGAGAUUUUAAAGAAUACCGGCAUUAAUUUUCUAGUAGGUAAGUCGUAUCUUUACUUUCAGCUCAUUCGCAAAGGAACAAGUUUCACUUUCGACUCGGCUUAUCAUGGAGGUCUUCAAAAAGCUGUUUUCAUCUGUUUACUCAAUUGCGCUCCGACUAAAAUUCUUUAGCUGCUUAUGAACAACAAGACAAAAAACUUACGCCUUGAUUUGAUGAAAAUUUUGUAUUUUAAACCUAACAAAAGUAAUUUUCGCAUAUUAUUAUGUAACAUUUUUGUUAUGAUGUACUUAGCUUAUCUUGAAUCCAGACAUCAAAGAAUCUAGGGGGAAAAUUUGAAAGCGACGAUAUUUUUUCUCUCUGAAAUUCGUCGCAAAAAAACAGCUUUAUUUUGUUUUGCUAGAUGGGCACAAUAAUUAUAAAGAUCCGCCUAGGGUAAACUUUGCAAACACCUUGUGUCUUUUUGACUUGCAAAUGUUUCUCAGCUGUCAAACUCAAGUGUUCUGAAACAGGUUAUAUAUUUAUGAGGCACCUAGUCGUCUGAAGACAUGUACGGUGGCCUGCUUUUCUGCUUCUAUUUCAAACAGAGUAGUAACAUCCAGGUACUUGUUUUGACGUGAAAACGGAAGAACUUUAUUUUCAUUCGAUCAAAUUAAUCAUUUAAUCAGUAACAAAUUCUCAGUCACGCAAUGCAGCGGAAAUAAGUGGUGCGAGAAAUAUAAUAGUGUGCUUUUCCACACUAUUCUUUCGAUGUAAUUAACGAUCGUCAUUGUCUGCCUUGCUAUAACUGAAUAGUACUAAAAUAUCUUUAACUACUAGAACUUCCAGUUUUCUUUAAAAUUUUCUCACCUUCAGAAGUAAUUUUUAGGUAAUAUCACCACACAAAAAGUUAUAAGAAAUAACUAGAGUAACUUGCCAGCUAGUGUGUUUUUGUCGAUAAAACACAGAAUUAUCUGAGCCAAGUUAUAGAGCAGCUGGUAGGAAUCUUUAAAGGGAUGUAGGACUCUGCUGUUCAUCUCUCUGGGAUAUUCCUGAUUGUUUUCUAACAGCACAACAUUGUUUGAAUGUGUUGUGUUGUUGAUUGAGACAGAGUGAGGCAGUGACUUCUUUGAGAUUUUCCUUUCCUCAUCUGUUUUGACCCUUUAUGGUCUAAAAUCAGUAUGCAUAUUCUCCAUACUGUUCUCUUCACAUUUCCUUAAGUAUUUAACAUCAAGAGAUUUGGUGAUCAUUUCCUUUCUUCUUGUGACCUUCCAUUGUUUGAUUCAGGGGUGAUAUUGUAAGGAGAAAUUAGGUGCUGGUCACUCUAAGGGCUCAAGAGGUUAAUUAUCUGUACCCACACUACUCCUCUUUGGAAUAAAUGCAUUGGCAGGGUGGAAUCUUCAUUAAAAAAAGUUCCUGUCUGGCUUCAGCUCUGAGAGUUAGGUAUCUCAGAUCCUCACACUGUGCCCUCUCCGGCUGGGAGUACAAAAGGGUGUCAGAAAACUUUCAAGCAAACUACAAACCCCAUCACAAUUGUUGAAACAUUUUCCCCUUCCCUCCUUGCUAACCUUGGUAACAAGAAAGAGAAAGUGAUGUGUCAGUAAAAUGUGAUGAAGGUUUGGGAGAAUUGCAAGGAAAUCUGUGGUCAGUAUCCAGUCUAGAAGGAGAAAUGAUUCAUGUCUGAAAUUGCAGAGUUAAGCUUCAGUAAUGAGUCGGUAAUUAGGUCUUAAUAGACUUAACUCUUUACUACAGCUAUGUAAAAUCCCUUUCUUGAUAGAUCUUAUUCAGGAUGAAAUAUGUUCCUUCACAGGAAGUAUUAUUAACCUUCUGAGCUGCUUAAGUACUCAGUACUUCUCUGUACAUUAUUACUGCAUUGUUUAGCAGACAGAUGACAAGUUAGAAGCAAUGGGGUGUUUUUGUGAAAUAAAUUCCUAAUAUUGAAAUAACAGGAAAUAUUUAGAUGCUGGGAUGAUUCUGAGGAUUGAAAGGUUUGCAAAAUGAAUAUAAUCUUUGAAAUAUCAUUUUUAUGCUGUUUACAGUAUGUUGAAAGACUCUGAAGAAUCUUUUCGAAUCAAACAAGCAGAUAAACUAGUAUUUAAGAUUCGCUCAAUUACAUGUAUUAUCACAACAUGCAGACCUUUUAGGAUUAUAAACAAGUAACAAAUUAUGAAAUCUUUAUUUGACUUACAAAAAUGAUCAGCCCAUACAAAGUAAAUUAGGCUUGAGUAAACCCACAAGUAGCUGAUCUAAAUAAAUAUGCUAAAGGACACAAGAUAUUUAAUACACUAAAUUGGUUAUAAAAUCCCUGAUGUUUGCCUGAAAUUUAGAGCCUGAGUACCAGAACAGACCUAGAGGAAGGGUACAGGGGGUGCACACUCCCCCCCCCCUCCAAAAUGACCAGCAGGUUUCUAAUAUAACUAGCACUCUGCAAAAAAUGGAAUCAUGUGGUUUAUUGGUGUUGAGGUAAAACAUGAGAUAAGGUUAAAGAAUUUAUUUUAAUUGUCAUGAAAUUAUAGUUUGAGUUUGGCACUGUAGUUUCUUCUUCAUUGCUUGCCUUUAAAUUUUUUUUGCGCCAUCUGUCAGUGAUGACAUAACUUAGUUGUGCACUCCCCUUUAGAAAAAUCCUGAAUCUAUCCCAGUAUAAUUCACUUGAGUAGAAAAGACAUGGAGACUCAAAGCCCUGGACCAGGCCUGAGAUGUGAUCACCCCUUUUUUCUUCCAACAGCUAAGGACUAUCAGAGGUGAUUCUAACUUGUGAUUGCCAUGGCCAAUGUACGAGAGAAAUUGUUGACGGCAGUCUAUGAAGAGGAGCAUACAGCCCCAAGUAAAGUGACAAUUGUUGGUGUUGGACAAGUAGGGAUGGCAUGCGCUUACAGCAUAAUGCAGCAGGUUGGACUUUACAUUUUAAAGUAUACAUCCAUUAAUCAAAUAUCAUCCCUACUUCUUAAUUAGCCCUUUCUUUGUCUUUUCAUUGUUUUCCUUUUCUUUCCCCCUGCAGGUCAAGCUUCUCUAACCUUUUUAUUCCUAUCGGUGAAUAAUAUCACCCUAGGUGAUAUCUUGAUGUAAGACCAAAUUCUCUUGUUCUAUUUACAAGGAAAUGUGUGGCAGUCAGUAGGAAGAGGUAUUGGCUAUAUCUUCAGAGGGUAAUGGGAAUGAAUGGUUAAAUGAGGAGAGAUAUACUGAAAAUGUUUGUAAAUGCACUGCUCCACUAGGUUGUUCAUGAUAUAUAGCAUAUGUCAUUUUCAUCACUGAUCAGGGUAUUUGCCGUGAACUGGCCUUGGUUGACAUGAUUGAGGAUAAGCUGAAAGGGGAGAUGUUGGACUUGCAGCAUUGUCAGCGGUUUGUCAAGAACGUCGGCAUCCGUGCAAGCACUGGUAUAAAUUAUUUUUCUCUUGUUCUUUGUGGUCUGAUUAGGACCAGUUUCAUGUUUGAUGCCAGCAUGUGUUUUAUUAGCCUGCAUCUCAGCCCCAUCUCCUUUCCACUCAGAUUAUGCUGUUACUGCAAACUCCAACUUGUGCAUUGUGACUGCGGGCUCGGCGUCAGAAAGAGGGGUGAAAGCAGAAGGGAUCUGGUACAGAGAAAUGUCAACAUCUUCAAAGGUAAAUAAAGGUAUGUCUUUGGCUGGAGUCUUUCUGCAGAAUGAUUCAUGGAAUAAAAGCAACCACUUGACAAUAACAUUGUGGAUGCUCAUGCAAUUUUUAAUGCAUUUUCUACUUUUCAGCAAUCAUUCCACAGCUGGUGA